AUGCCCAAAUCAAAGAUGCACACGUUGAGGAAGCUUGUCCAUGUCGGACCCAAGCGCGUCGAAGAACCAGACGACGACCUCCUCAUGGUGGGCAAGUCCGAAGUACCAGUUUCACCUCCGGACCAGCCGCCCACGCACCUGGUGCAGUCCAUGAACAACCGCCCUCGCAACGCCUCCCCACCCUCACCUCGCCACAGCACCCAUUGGCACCACACAGGCCACCACUCCCCUCCCACGUCGGCCAGUGGCGCCAAGCGCACCAACAGCCCGCCCAGGACGCCGCCGCAGUCGUUCCGCAACGCCGACAGCCUCAGCCUGAACGGCUACCGUCGCUCGCCCGCCCCGGAGCCCAUCAUGGAGGUCGACGAGGUCGACGACGGCAUGCCGCUGGACGGCGGCGCCGCGCGUGCGUCCUGGUCCACUAGCACCCGGGAUAUGGGGGACUCGCCGGCUUCAUCGGCAGAUGCUGUUGACGCCACCGUGGCCGAAGCACCCGUUGAGAAGAGCUACAGGCCGAUUGAGGCGACAGCGAGGAGGUCAAGCGGUAACCGGAAGAGGACGGCGGGCAAGAAGAUGUAUACUGCGUAUGACCCGGAUAGGGUAGUCAACAUGCAGGCUAGGGCACAGCUUUACACCUGUGUUUCAUGA